AUGCUUGACAAUCCCCUCGCAAUCACGACCUCUUCCUUGGGCCUUCAUCCUUCUCAUACACUGCCGGAGAAAAUCCAUGCUGCCGCCUCUGCCUCGUUUUCCGCAAUCGAAAUAGUCUACAAGGAACUCGAAGACUAUGCCAUCUCUCAAGAACCAGCUUUGAGCAUAAGGGACGCAGCAGAGGUUAUUGCCAAAUUAUGCUCGUCUGAAAACUUAGCGGUGUUAUCUUUAAACCCUUUCAAAAAUUUCGAAGGUCACAAUUCGCCUUUGAAAGAUCGACUGGAGUCUGCACGAGACUGGAUCGAAAUUGCGGCAUUCUUGGGAGCCAAGUACUUGCAAGUGCCAUCACAAUUUGAUGCCGAAAACAGUUCCGGAGACUGGCCACGCAUGGUUGCCGAUUUACAAGAACUUAGCGCCUUGGCAGCCUCUUACUCUCUCAGCAUCGCCUACGAAGCUGUGGCCUGGGGUACCUAUAUUGACACUUGGGAGGAAUCGCUACGUAUGGUCCAGGAUGUCAACCGAGUGAAUUUUGGCCUUUGUCUCGACAGCUUUCACGUGGCUGCUCGGGUGUGGGGGGAUGUCACGGUCAAGAGUGGGAUGCGUGAAGAUGCAGAUUCAGCUUUGCAGAAGUCCCUUGAUCGAUUCGUUGAAACAUGCCCAACGGAUAAGAUAUUCUAUGUGCAGCUUUCGGACGGCGAGAGAUUCCUACCAGCAUUAACGCCAGAGCAUCGUUUCUAUUCGGAAGACUUACACCCGUCCAUAUGUUGGUCACGAAACAUGCGGCCAUUUCCGCUUGAAGAGGAGCUAGGAGCGUAUCUUCCUAUCACAGCUAUUUCUCACGCAUGGCUGAAAAGAAAAGGCUGGAAAGGUGUGGUUUCGAUGGAGAUCUUUGACUGGAGAAUGAGAGAAAAAUGA